GAACAGUGCCUGAAGCAGGUCCACCAUGCCGUUAGUAACGAGGAACAUUGAGCCAAGGCACCUGUGCCGUCAGACGUUGCCUAGCGUUCGAAGCGAGCUGGAAUGCAUGACCAACAUCACCCUGGCAAAUGUCAUUCGACAGCUGGGCAGCCUGAGUAAAUUUGCAGAAGACAUAUUUGGAGAAUUGUUUACUCAAGCCAACACCUUUGCCUCUCGAAUGAGCGUUCUAGUUGAGAGAGUUGACCGCUUGCAAGUCAAAGUCACUCAGCUGGAUCCCAAAGAGGAAGAAGUCUCCCUGCAAGGCAUUAACACCAGGAAGGCCUUCAAAAGCUCCACUACUCAGGACCAGAAGCUCUUUGACAGAGAUUCGCUCCCCGUGCCUGUCCUUGAAACCUAUAGGACCUGCAAUACUCCUCCACCUCUCAACAUUCUCUCACCUUACAGGGACGAUGGCAAAGAAGCACUUAAAUUCUACACAGAUCCUUCGUAUUUCUUUGAUCUUUGGAAAGAGAAAAUGCUUCAGGACACCAAGGAUAUUAUGAAAGAGAAGCGGAAACAUAGGAAAGAGAAAAAGGAGAAUCCGAACCGAGGAAAUGUGAAUCCGCGGAAAAUCAAAACCCGGAAAGAAGAGUGGGAGAAGCUGAAAAUGGGACAAGAAUUUGUUGAGUCAAAGGACAAACACGGUCCUGCCGGGUACCCCUCUAACAUGGUGUAUCAGAAUGGCAGCAUCGGUUCAAAUGAAAGCAUGGACGUGAACUGCUACCCGCCACCGCCGCAGACUGACUCUAUUGUGCCACCACCUCCUUCAUUCCCAGAUGACAGCCUGCCUCCACCCCCGGUGGAAUUUAGCUAUCCUGUAGACAACCAAAGAGGUUCAGGUUCUGGAGGGACCAAACGAUCCAGCCUGGUUAGCCCAAGUCAUCCGCCACCAGCUCCUCCGAUCGGAUCCCCCUCACCUCCUCACCCCGAGUUUGCUGCCCCGCCACCACCGCCGCCCCCUCCAGCAGUCGAAUAUGCCAGCGUGCUCCCGCCUCCGCUGCCGCAGCCGGGCAAUGGGAGUGCGCCACCACCCCCUCCACCGCCACCACCUCCUGGUCCACCGCCUCUGUCUUCCAGUGGCCUGGAUGGUCCCCCACCCCCUCCACCACCCUCAGACACCUCCUCCUCCAAGCCCAAAUCAUCCUUGCCUGCAGUUAGUGAUGCCAGGAGUGAUCUACUUUCAGCUAUUCGUCAAGGCUUCCAGCUCCGCAAGGUGGAGGAGCAGCGGGAACAGGAGAAGCGGGACGUUGUGGGCAAUGAUGUGGCAACGAUCCUGUCACGCCGCAUCGCUGUGGAGUACAGCGACUCCGAGGACGACUCUUCGGAGUUCGAUGAGGACGAAUGGUCGGAUUAACCAUGGUCCCGUCCCCUUCUUCCCCUUUUCUUCUGGGUUAACAUCUUAAAGAAUCAGGUGGCCCAACCUUCCACCACUUUUUUUUUCAUUCUGUACCCAAAGAUGUGCCAAGGGUUUUCAGACAACCAGCAGCAUGUCUCCCCUCCUCCUUCUCCCCCUCUGGCUUUGGCAGGACUUUGUGCUCUGCCUUUCCAAAAGGUCUCCUCACGGACACUGAGGAUGCGGUGCUGGGAUUUAGCUGGAGGGGGUGUAACGGUUGCUUAUUUAAGAGAGAGCUAAAGCUCCAGGUUCUCGAUGCCACCAGGCAGAGCACAUAUAAACCCUCAGUCCUGAGGGAUUUUUAAAGUAAAGAUGGAUGAUCCUGUUGCGGCCGCGUGGCCUUUCAGAUGAAGGACAUUUUCAGCUAGUUUUCUCAUUGCAACAGCAGACAGUUGAUCUGAUGGCUCUUCCUUUCCAGUGAAUACUGGUAGUGCUGCAAGAAAAUGGGCUUUAAAUGUCUGUUCUCUGCUGCAUCCCACUGUCAAAUAAUCAGUUUUUGUCAACAGUGCACAAUUCUUUCCCCUCUGACCCCCUAGUAUUAUUUCCAGACUACCUUGCAUAGGGUGCGCUUCGUGGCUCUAGGGCUGUGGAGUGCAUUGGGUGCAAUGUGA